AGGUGUCUUAUGCAGUUGGGGGGGGGGAUGGUGGGAACAUCGUCCACGUAGCUUCUUCUUCAGUCCACGAAAAUUUACCCUUUUUCUCCCUCCAUGUUCAGGUUGAACAGUGUUUUGAUCACGCACGAAGUUCUGAUCUGAAAAUGCCAUAUGCGCGCCAAUUUUCGAAAAGCGCAUGCGCGUAACCUGUUGAAUUCAUGUGGAUCCGUUCCCGUGUAAACGCAAAUGGUUCUGGAUCGGAUCCCGUGUAAACGCAUUGCCAUUUCAGGGAUCGGAUACUUUUGGAUCCGAUCUGGAUACUUUUGGAUCCGAUCUGGUCCAGGUCUCGUGUAAACGGGGUCUGAAUUGCCUUUCUCAAGCAACCAAUUAUAUUGCAUUGAUAAGACCUGGAGUCUUGUUUGAAAUUUUACUUAGGUUAGAUUGACAGAAAUUAAAUUGAUGGUCUUGAUAUGGGAAGAUGAACAGAAGGGAAAUAACCUUAACUGAGAAACUUUGUAACAUAAGUAGAUACCACUUACAAAAUUUUAAUCUUAUCCCAAAAUAACCAUAAACCGUAUUCCAUAUAACCAUAACCAUAAACCAUAGCCGCUCUCUAUUGAACGCCGCAUCCAAAAUUUGGAAAUUGUAAUAAACGCUGCGGUGUUAUUUAGAGGAAAUACGGUAUCCCAAUCUGGCAGAAGAUGAUUAUACAUGAGUAAAAAUGGCUUUGAAAAAUGCAAAUAUUUAGUAAACUAAAGCUUUUCAUCUGACACUCUUCAGAGUUUAAAACGUCAGAACAUAGAUCGAAAACUUUACGCUAGGAAAUAUAUAUAAGAACUGGAUGCAAAGAUUACAAAAACCGUUAAAGAAAUGUUUGAUUUAUAUCCCAAGAGCAGUGACAAGAUAUUUUUCGUCAACAGACUACUUGGGGGGCUGGGAAUAAAGAGACCAUCAAACGUAUAUAGGGCAACACGUUUAUCUAAUUUGAUGAAAAUGCUGAAUCAUGAUGAGGAGAACAUACGGUAUCUGGCAAGAAAAUCUUUGGAAUUAGACAUGAAAUCACGUGGUGUUAGACAGACAGAUAGCGAGACUAAUUUUUUUGGUUAUGCAUUAGAUGCCAACCGAAGACUAGCAAAGACAAAAACAUAUGGAGGGAACUCUGAUUGGCCAGAUCUACUUUUUCACAGAUCUACUAACAAGUUUGAUGGAUCAGUUAUCUUCAAGGAUGGUUUUGCUGUGGUUGUCGUUAAUGGGAAGGAGUUGAAUAGGAAAGAUUUGAAAAGAGAAAUCGAGGGGGAAUUGGAGAGACAGGAUAUCAUUCAAAGCUGUGAGCUCCGCAUGCAAGGAAGUUUUAUAGGAAUUGAAAAUAUAGACAAAACAAUUUCGCAUCAAAUUUAUUACGGAUGGAAACUCUCUGAUAGUUUAGUCAAGUUUAUUCUACGUGCACGUAUGAAUCAAAUUCCUUGUAAUCAGCUAAUUCAUAUGUGGAAUAAGGAUCACGGUAAAAGAUGUUCAAUGUGUAAUGAAAGGACUGAAUCAAUGGCACACUUAUUGAAUUCCUGCAGAAAGUACAGAGAUUUAUAUUCGCGAAGGCACAAUCGGGUCGUAGAAUUUUUAUGCCAAAAAAUCCAAAAAAAGAAUUCAACAACGACGUCAUUUGUCAACAAAAUGGUAGAAACAGCUUUUCCACACAUCAGAAAUGCAUUGCGACAGCUAAACCAAAGGAAGCCUGAUAUACUAAAGAUAAAAAUGAGCAAGAGAGAAUGUGAAAUUGUUGAAGUCACUGUCUGCUUUGAUUUGUAUAUGGAUACAUCCUACUGAGAAAAAGGAAAUUGGUAUCAACCACUGAUAAACUUAAUGAAUGAAAAUGGAAUUGCAACAAGAAUCAGUGUCAUAUGUUUUGGAUCACUUGGGACCGUACAUAAGGAUGUGAGGGGAAACUUGAAAAGGCUAGGACUAUCAGGGGAAGAGGCAAAAGAAACAAUGAAGCGGUGCAGUGUAUCAAACAUGAUUUGUGGUAGCAUCGUAUGGCGAAAUAGGUGCAAAAAGUGCAUGGAAAGUAGGACUGCUAAUUUCUGGUUAUGUGCAAGGAACAUAUUUGGCUAUAAGACAUUUACAGUUUGUUCUUAACUUGUCAAAUCAUAUCCGAUAUUGUUAUUAUUAUUAUUAUUAUUAUUAUUGUUAUUAUGAUUUAAUGAUUUAAUGAUUAAAACACUGCACUUUAUUGUUCAGUUAUGGUAGCCACAUUUUUUCAUAUCUUGCUAGCAUUAUUAGGCCUUGUGCUUGGCCACAGGCAACAAACAACAGAGAGGAUGCGGCUCCUCUUGGUGUCAAUAUACAAAAUAAUCAAAAGAUGAGAAUUUCAAUUUCAAUUGCAAAUUUAUAUUUUUGUUUUACAUACAGUAUUUAGCAAAAUAGGCCUGAUGGAGCUAAAUUAUGAAUAAUUAAUUAGCUAUAGAUCUUUUUAUGAGUUGCAGUAAUGCUCAGUUUAUUCUUCAAAUUUACAAAUCGUUUAUUGUUUUUAUAAAAAAGGUGUUUGUAGACCAAAGUCUCCGUUGAACAACCAAUCAAGUAAUUCGUUAUGUAUGAUGUUUUCAUAACAAAAUAAGUUUUUAGUACUGCAAAAUUUGAAGAUGGCACGAAAUUUCCGCUAUUUCUUGCCAUCUUCAAAGUUUCUAUAACAUUGUAAUAGCAAAUUGUGUAAGAGAGAAACUAAUGCUCAAUGUCUCAAGCAAAAGAACGUAAAAGAAAAUAUUAAAAAUCAAAUUAUUGUCAAUAAAAUGUUGUCUAUAAAGAUAUGAUGUUUGUAAUUGGGAUUAAUCUUGUCAAAGAGUACAGAAACACAUAUCCCCUUAAACGUUAAACGAAACCUUCUGAGGGCGGGUUUUGAAAAUUUGGGUAACCUUCUUAUGUGUAUUUUAAUGGACAGAACAUUGAUGAUUGCUGAUAUAAACUUCAUCGGUCAUUAAGAAGCUAUAUUUUCGAAGUGAGCUGCUGUUGCUAGUACAAAUAUUUAUUGAUACUAAACUGAUUUGUUGGCUAGAAAAGAGUCCAUCCUAUUACGGACAAUUGGGACACUUUGCCGUAAUGUUUGAGAUAUUGUUUGAAACGUCUUGCACUUUUUGAAUCAGAAAAUGUUGAUAUGGAACACUUUCUCUGUCACACUCUCUCCUCUACACCGUCUCAACUACUAUCUCUACAACACUUUCUCUCCCGCACUCACUCUGUCACACUGUUCUGUCACACUUUCUCUGUCACACUCUCUCUGUCGCACUCUCUUUGUCAAAUUCUCUCUGUCUCACUUUCUUUGUCACUCUCUCUUUCUGUCAGACAUUCUCUGUCACUCUCUCUCUCUGUCACACUCUCUCUGUCACACUCUCUCUGUCACACUCUCUGUAUCACACUCUCUCCGUCUGACUCUUUUCUCUCUGCCGCUUUUUUCUCUGCCGCUUUUUUCUCUGCCGCUUUUUUCUCUGCCGCUUUUCUGUCUACCGUUUUUCUCUCUGCGACAGCCAUUUUACCCGAAGAUUUUAUUUUUCACUAUUUUGCGCAGUAGCAUAUUUGUUUCUAGCUAAACGACUGUAAUUUAAGGCAAUUGUAAGGCACCAAAGCGUAUAGAUUGAAAACCUAUCAAACUGCUUCUACAUGUAUUAUUUCCACUAAGCUAUAAAACUGUAGAAAGAAUUGCAUUGCAUGUUAAGGCUGUAGCUGAUCUCAAAAGGAAGAGGGUAUUGAAAGUGGAAGCAAAUAAAAACAGUUUUGGACUGCCAUCUUAAUAAAUAUAUAAAUAUUGAUAUCUUCUUGUUGAGGUUAUAUUUAAGAAAAUAUUUAAUCGUCUUAAAUAGAAAAUCUCCGUUUUCUACAAACUUGCUGGUGUUAACAACUGCCAUCACUUUACUUUUUGAAAUUAAUAAACAUUCGUCAAAUUAGGGUGUUGCGAAAUAGAAGGUGAUAUGAGCAAGGGGAAUGAUUUCAGAAUGGGCCACCAAUCAAGCCUCUUUUUAUUUUGUUUUUGGCCCCUCGAUUUUCUGAAUGCUUCGCGCUGCCUGGAUGUGAGUUAUUGUGUUUUUGUUUUUAUAGGAACGCUUGAGCAUCUGCAUACGUGUGUGCUAGCAUGCGUGCUAAUGAGAUAAGUUCAUUAAAAUCUAUCCCAAAGGUCGCUAUAAACUGUUCUUCACCAAUCUAAUUUCCCUAUAUAUCAGUAUUGGUCCUAAUUUUAGACCAAGCCAAAAACAACAGACGUCCUUAGUAAAUUCAGGUCUGUCACUAGCCGUGUCUCAGUCAGUUGGCAACAAAUUCAACUUAUACAGCACAUUUAGCGCCGCUCCAUGGUUUCCUUUCAGGUCAAAAUUCAUAGAUGAUCAAAGUGGAUUUAUAUGACGACAUCAUUCCUCCCACUUUAGUAGUUGUUUAUUUUUUUACCUUUCUUUGAGUGACUAUAGCGCUCGCUUUCUGCUCUGACUGAGUUUCGCUUAUUCUCAAUUUUCCUACACGGUUGAAGAUGCAUCUUCAUGCUCAACAGGACGACUUUUGCAACUUUAUGUACGUGUUUAUACUAGUUGGCGACUAUAAACUUACAAAACAGAUUGAUUUGAACAAAUUUUUAAACCACACAAAGCUGCGUUAAUUAGAUUUUCUGAAACUAAAAUCCAGCUGAAGUCGAAUGACGAUUUCCAAAAAAAAUAAGAGACCUGUUGAAUAACCUGUCAUUGAAAGAUUGACUGUAGGCCUUCUUUAUCUGGUUUUAUACAAAAGCAUCAAAGUCAUUAUGAAAUGUUGGACAUAAAACGUAGAUUAUGCAGUUUUUGAGACUGAUAAAGAUGACGUUAACUAAGAUGGUGAGGGGUCACAAAGCUAGUGACGGCCCAAGCCGCUGAAGCUAGGGGAAAAGGAAGUCUAUUGUCAAAUCGUAGAAAGUUUGUUUUCUCCAAAACUUUUUCGAUUUCAAACUUUGAUCGAUUUCAAACCGAUAAUCUCCGCAUUCUUUAGAUUACAAAUAAGAUUUUCCCGUGGUUAUGACCACGGCCACUUCGAACUUGUAGAUUUUCAUGCCAUUGGCGGUUGUUGGGCACAGCCACCCAAAGCCACAAGCCGCGUGACGGUUACAUCUUAGAAAUGUCUGUUGUCUUGUUGGUAGAAUACAUAACGCAUCAGUGAUAAUCCAGAAAAGGUCCUGCUUAGGUGAAAGUUCGAAAGAUGGCGGAAAGCCCUUGCAGGAAUGUUGUUGCGCCGAGCGCUUUAUCAUACUUUACAGCCACAGUUUCUGCUGUUCUGAGCCCGAUCACAAUUGCGGGAAAUCUCGCUGUCUGCAUCGCAGUUAUCAAAGAUCCUUAUGGCAAAUUGCGAACGCCUUUCAUGUAUUUCCUCGUAAAUCUAUCGCUAAGCGACCUUGUCGUUGGUGCUAUUACGAUGCCAACAUCUGUUGCUACGCAUACAAUGGAAGUAGUUGGUACAAAGAAGAAGGUGCACGUUGAUCUUAUACUCAUAACGUAUUUCAUUUCAGCAAAUGCCAGUUUGUUUAGCCUGGCAAUCCUGUGCGUGGAUCGAUACUGUGCUGUGGCGCAUCCGCACAAAUAUCGACGCAACGCAAAGUUCAAGUACUGCCUUAUCGCCUCUGCAGUUAUAUGGACCAUUUCGUUGUCUCUGCCUUGGCUGUAUUUCGUUACUGGAUACAUUCCUUACUUGAUGAUCUUCGCACACACUGGGGUUGUUGGUGCACUUUUUAUAUUGAUUUUCUCCUAUUUCAAAAUAUACAAGGCAUUGCAGUCAUCUCGUUUGCAAACAAGAGAUGCUGCGGAAUCUGCAAGCAAGGAAGGUAGAUCUACUGAAGUAGCUAGAAGAAAGGCAGAUAGAAAAGUCACAAAAGUCUUUCUUAUAAUCCUGGGAGUCUUCGCUGCCUGCUAUAUUCCAGUCAUUGUCAUCAUCUAUACCCUACAGCUUUGUCCUCACUGUAGUUGUGAUUUUCGUCAUGUUCUGCGUGACCUUCAAUUCAUAUUGGCGAUUUCAAAUUCUGCGAUAAAUCCUUUUGUUUGUACCUUGCGUCUAAAGCCGUUUCGUAUUGCUUUGCUAAAAAUCCUUGGUCUGAGAAAGGAGGAAAGCGCCUACACCGUAAAUCAAAGCAGCUUACAAAAUGACGCCUCUAGUGUUGUAGAUAAUCGCAGCAAGGCUGAGAAAGCAUGAUAACUCUUUGUUUCUUUUCAAAUCUGAGGAGAGGUCAGUCACAAAACUGGCAAAUAGAUUCCUGAUGCCUGAAGAAGCAGCAGCAAAAAGGCAGUUUUGCAUCGGAGGAGACGCAAGGUUGUCAAGCGCAGUCACAAUAAUGCUAAAAUGGUACAAGUCAUGCGCAAAACUUAAUCAACAUAACAAAACUGACAACGUUUUAGGCAGAACUUUGAAUUAUGACGGCAAAACUACUGUAAAGAUUUUCAAUAGAAAAAUAUGAUUAUGCAGCAAUGAAAUGAGUAAAUGAAUGUA